AUGGCCAAAGUUGAGGUUAGUUUUGCGCUGAUUUUGUGUUUCCUUUCCCUUUGUUCGCUCGUCUCUCCACCGGCAGCGCUCGCAGCACCAUUGAAAGAUGCGCCAAAGAAAGACGGUGAUGGUUUCAAGACACUAGGCAAAAAAGCUGGAUUGGUUCGGCAUCUGUGCAAUGAAACGGGCCACUACAACUUGUGCGUCGCAGCAGUUGAGGCCGAUCCUCGAUCCAACCUUAAGUCGCAUCGCAAAGGAAUUCUCCACAUCGUCAUGGACAAAACUAUUUCCAACGCUACUGCAAUACUCGAGUACAUUGAUCGUCUCCUCGCGGAUAAUACUACCAAAAUGGAGAACACAACCAGGAAUUCCCUCGAAGGUUGUUCUUCCGACUACCACGAUAGCAUCUAUGACCUCAAGCAUGCUUUAUCACUCCUGGAGUUAAAAAAUGUUUCCCAAUAUUCCGAGAUGGAAUCUAUGCUUAACAGCAUGUUCACCACACCCUUUGAUUGUGACCAGGAUUUUAUUCAACGAACAAUACCUGCUCCUAACCCAUUAACAGGGAGUAUAAACAACUGCGUACAAGAUCUCGCAGAGACUUGCAUGGCGAUAUUGAAUCAUUUCUGGUCUAUGUUUGCUUUUAAUUGUCUUUCUUCUCUGGCGUUGGCGCGUAAGACAUAUAAUAGAAAUGCAUUAACUUCUAUUGCUUGA